CAUCCUCUCUCUCUCAGCGAACCUUGUUCCUUUCGAAUUUCUUUCUUUGCAGAUACAAAAAAUUGUGAUUUUCAAUUUACCCUCGAGAUUUCUGAAUAUUGAAAUAUCGUCGCCACCCAUUCGGGUCAAGAUUUUCUAAUUCGUUUCUUCUUUCCUCGAAGUUGGGUUAGUAUAAAUUCUAGGGUUUCUCCGACAGUCAUCUAUGGGUGAAUACAAAGUGGAGGAUAUGUCGUUGGCAGCUCUGUUCGAUCAGGCUCGUAAGAUCUAUCUUACGUCCACGGAGUCUGGUGCUGACCAGGAUCUGGUGAAGAAAGGAUGCGAGUUGCUUGGGAAGUGUGAGGAUAUGGUGAACAGUCUAGGGCUUUUCUCAUCCAAUGAAACCAAAGAUGAUAUCAGCACCAUCAAUCUUAAGUACAUCUUGGUGCCAUUUUAUCUUGCAGAGCUGACCGAAAAGCUUGCAGGGGAAGAAAGGAUACAAAUUCUCAAGAUUUCACAGGCAAAAUUGAAGGAAUUCAUUUCGUUUUGUGAGGCAAUGGAACUAGUACCACAGGAAGAAUUGGAAGCUUCUGCAAAAGGAGCUUCAAAUUCUUUUGCUGAUCGAAGAGCCUUGAAGAUUGCUCGGUUUAGACGUCAAAAAGCUGCAGAAACAAAACUGACAGAAAUAAAGGAGUGGAAAGAGCGACGUGGGCGUUCAACAAAAGCAGCUGCCUUAUCCACUCCUGUUGAGGUUGGAGAGGAUGAUCAGCUGGAUGAUGAUGGGGAGGAGGAAAGAGAGGCUUGGCUUACUACUAUCUCGUUGGCUAUUUGUAAGGCUUUUGAUCUGCUCGAAAUGCUGAAGAAGGAAGAAGAAAUGCUUUCUGCUAUAAAAGAGAAACAGCUAAAGGAUGGGGAAAAGGAAUUUUCUGAGGCUAACCUUGAUGAUCGCACCAAGAAAGCAGAGGCAUGGCAUCGUGAUGCUGCAUCUCGUGCACGAUAUACUCAACCUGCAGCACCUAUCACAUGUGCUACAUUUGCUCAAGAUGUUAUAGAAGGAAGGGCAAAUGUUUCACAAGCACAUGUCCACAAACACCAGCCAAUGAUCUUUGGACCGCAAAGCCUUAUAGGUGGAAGCCUAACAAGUGAGAGGGAAAGGAUUGCAGCACAGGUUUUCCAACCUGCUUAUAGGAUGCCAACGAUGAGUAUCGAGGAAGCUGGUUUGAGGGAGAUGGAGAUGAUGAAUAAGUGGCAGGAGAGGAACGCAAAAAUGUUUGAAGAAACCAACUCAGCAUGGCACAAGGACAAACCAAAGAUGGGACCAAGUGAUGAUGAUGAAGAUGAUGAUGCUGCCCAAGAUAAGGCAAGAGCAUGGGAUGACUGGAAAGAUGAUAAUCCUCGAGGUGCUGGCAAUAAAAAGCUUACCCCCUGUGGGUAAUAGUGAUAAGUAGCUCUCCUACUCUUAUAAAGUAUUUGCUCAAACCUAAUAAAUUAUGGUUUUAGGAACAUCUCUUACAUUCUUAUCGAUUUUGUUCUUGCUGAAUUUUGUUUGUUUGAACCAUAAAUAUAUAAAAUGCACCUUAUUCUCACAA